AUGAAUGGUAUCACCGAGCCGUUACCUGGCCUCCUUGACGAUCCGCAAUUCCAGAUAACUGACCUGCCUGCUCUGACCGACUUCCAAAUCGCUCCUCUCCGCAAUCCUGCUCCGACUCGUCAUGGAAACAUCCCGCUACCGCUGGAGCCGGGGCCCGGGAACAUCCUCAAUACUCGGACGACUAAGUCGCUCUCGGCAGAGCACAGUGAGAAAAGGAGGGCCCCGAAGAUCACACCAAAUGAUGUCCUGCUGGCUCGGGAAUCCAAAAAGCCACAUUUGGCCAUCAGCGAACUACUAGAGGAUAACGACGGUCAAGAGAUUGCACCAACACAACUACCGUCCUUCAUCAGCCUCUCCGUGGUCGAGAAAUCACCAAUACAAGCGCCCGCUGCUCUGGAAUACCCUCACUUCCAGAAGCGUCUGAGAGUCGACCUGGACAAUGAGCACAUGUCGCUGGAUUUGAUCCGGCGACUUCCUCGACCGGCACAAAAAGAUGAGCGACAAAAGAGACCGGCCCCAAUGCUCCCGGCUAUGGUGACGGGACUACAUGAGCCACCACCAUCCGCAGCGCUGCUCCCUUCCAUUGAUGUCGAGUCUAGGCCGGGACUCUCACGGGCGAACACCACGUCCAAGAUCCAUGUCAAGGAUAUGUUGACUCAGUCCGACCAGCAUGUAGCGUCACUGCCGACAGCGCCUUCGACAGUUCAUCCUGACCAAGAUCCAGCCGCUUCCAGACCAUACAGCGGUGUCCAUGGGCUCUCCUCCCAGGAAGUGGAAGUAAUGCCGGCCGCCACAGGGGCAUCCAUAGCGUCGACACCUUGGAAAGAUAAUAAGCCUCGGCGUGCUCGGCGGAAAUGGUCAGAGGAGGAAACGAAGGACCUUCUGGCUGGGGUGAGGAAGUACGGGAUCGGCAAAUGGAAGCAAAUCCUUGAUGAUCCAUCCUUCAGUUUCAGUGAUCGCAGCUCGGUUGACCUCAAGGAUCGAUAUCGGGUGUGCGCAAACAACGAUUCCGUCCCAAAGGCCGAUACCCUUUCUGUUCGAACUCCCCCUGGCGCGGAUCUGUCAUCUGGUACUGAAGCUUCAGGGGCCGCGCAAGAGUCCACCGCCGUUGACAAUUCUGCCACCUCCAUGUCACCUUCGGAUCUAGGCCAUUCUUUCAAAAGGCGCCGUAAACGCCGAGCAUGGACUGCGCUGGAGGAUGCCAACUUGCUGAAAGGAGUGGCAAAACAUGGGUUUCAAUGGACCACCAUUCAUGACGACGUUGAGCUGGACUUACAGCAUCGGCGAGCCACGGAUUUACGGGAUCGGAUUCGUACCAAGUACCCUGACGGGUAUAAGCACGCCGAAAGCGCACCGCUAAGAUCAGACAUGAAAAGGGCAGAAAAGGUCGGGGUGGGUCAGAGCUCGACGACCUGUAGUGUUGGAGUCAGUAGCUCCGGCACUUCUUCUGCAAAGAGCUCGAUCAUAACAACGUCAAUCCCUGACGCAGCCACUUACGCGCGGCCCAACUCUGAUCCUCUGUCACAAGCUCAUCCUGGAAAUGAACCGACCAAAACGCCGGCUUCAUGCGCAAGCGUGACAAUGUUGAUUCACAGCACUGAGAGGGAUGGAGAAAUGAUCAGAGACAAGGAGAAGGACAGAGACAAAGAUUGGGACAGGGAGAAGGGAGGAGAGAGAGACCAGCAGCCUGGCGUCACAUUACCGAGCUUCACGCUUGAUGUUGAGGAUGACAUGGAUUGGGAGGAUAACAGGCUACCUCCAUUGCAUGAGUGGGAUGAGAUUGGCAUCUGA